CUCGAAGGGACGAGUCUAGACGAGACGAGACGACGCGGCGACAGCAGCUGGAAGAGCAAAAGCACCUGAAGGGAGGGGUCAGGAUUUCUUGCCUAAUCUUCCUGGGACAGGCAAACGUAGACAAACAGCUUCUAUAAUCUCCACUUGGACAGCCCCAGCUUCAAGCAACAAGAGCCGCUUUGUUGAUUUGUCAAACGACGGAGCGAUUUACGAGGAGUUCCGCUUUGCAGAAGUUGGUUGGAAAAUCUCUCAAGCUCUCUCAGUACAAAGCUGCCUUCAAGCAAGGAAGGAGGCUCAGUUCUCUUCCUAGCCAGCUUCUGAGCUUGGUAUGGAUAAUGGUAGAGCGGUGGAAGGUCAAGUGGGCUUAAAACAGAAAGAUGCGGAGAUCAGAGUCCAUGGACGUAUCCUGCCGGAGAGUGCUGAAGAGAAAAAAAGUGUGAUCAACUCCUUGGUGUCUGGGGCAUUGGCUGGCGCUGUGGCCAAAACAGCCGUGGCACCGUUGGAUAGAACGAAAAUCAUUUUCCAAGUGUCGUCGAAUAAAUUUUCUGCUAAGGAGGCCUACCGGCUGAUCUAUCGUACCUACCUCAGUGAAGGCUUCUUCAGCCUAUGGCGAGGCAACUCGGCCACCAUGGUCCGGGUGGUCCCCUACGCUGCCAUCCAGUUCUGCGCACACGAGGAAUAUAAGCAGCUUUUGGGCAGCUACUAUGGCUUCCAGGGAAAGGCGCUCACCCCUCUGCCCAGAUUCAUCGCAGGCUCUCUGGCAGGGAUCACAGCUUCCAUGUUGACAUACCCCCUGGACCUGGUCCGUGCCCGAAUGGCAGUAACGCCCAAGGAAAUGUACAGCAACAUAAUUCACGUAUUUAUGCGAAUAUCUCACGAGGAAGGAUUGAAAACCUUGUACAGGGGCUUCUCACCUACCAUCUUGGGGGUGAUCCCUUAUGCUGGUUUGAGCUUCUUCACUUAUGAGACAUUAAAGAAGCUACACGCAGAUCACAGCAAUGGGAGAGAACCUUACCCCUUGGAAAGGCUUGCGUUUGGGGCUUGUGCAGGCCUGAUCGGGCAGUCGGCCUCUUACCCUCUGGAUGUGGUCCGUCGACGGAUGCAGACUGCAGGGGCGCUGGGCUACUCCUCCCAGUCUAUCCUCCCCACCAUGAGGGACAUCAUUCGGGAAGCGGGACUCGUCCGAGGCUUGUACAAAGGGCUCAGCAUGAACUGGGUCAAGGGUCCCGUCGCCGUGGGCAUCAGUUUCACCACCUUUGAUCUCAUGCAGAUUCUCCUCCGUAAAUGGGAGCGCAGCAGGAAUGUGCAGAGUUAACGCCAACUCUGCUGCCCGGGGGUUUCCUUGUGGAGAGGGAGUGACCACCAUGGUGGUGCCAGUCAGUCAGUGCUGAUGAACCAGGAGAGACAAAUCCUCCUUUUUUAAAACCCUUUCCCUCAUCCCAGACGAGAUUCUCACGGUAGAUCUGAAUGACCUCGGAGACUUUGAUUUCAGACACGCAGAUUCCUCUAACUGUGGCCAUCUCCUCUCCGGUUUCCAGAUUAACGAAUGUGCAAAGAAACGAUAGUAGAAAUCAGUGCAGGAUUUUCACUGUUUUUACGAUGCGAUCUACACCCCCCCCCCCUUGAAUUCUCCGAAAUAGAGGAGAAAAGGAACCUCAGCAGCAGCUGAGGUAAUUUUAUCGGUGUCAAACCUUUCCCCACACAACUCUUCCUAAUCCCCUUUUAUUUUUAAUUUAAAAAUAAUUUGUCCACAACUCUCCUCGCCUAUCGUUUUCCUCUUGGAAGUGCAGUGCCAGAUUGGGGUGGGGAUAUUUUUUUCCACAGAGUUGACUAAAAAAGGAGGACACCUCCUCUGGCAUUUUUGGGUUGCUGGAAACCAGGAGAUCUUAAAUCAACAAGUGGUUCAGGUUGUUACCUUCCAGAGCAGCAUUUAAAUAAAGGAUUUUGUGUUUUGUUUUGUUUUUCAAAGGAAAAAAAAAAA